AUGGCUCUUAUUCCUGUUUCUCAACCAGCAUAUCGCUUCGACAAUCUCUUACAAGAACCUCUUAGAGAACGCGCCUUCCGGUUGUUCAUUCUUCACCCGGGCUCACCUAACAGUGAACUUGAAGGCGAGAUUUUGACGUGUCGCCUGAGAAAACCUAACAAUAGCACUGUGGUCAUCAAUGCUCCCGACUCAGGCGAGUACGAGGCUUUGUCUUACAAUUGGGGACCAGUCACCAACGAUGAUCCCGUGGUCAACAUACACGACACAAUAAUUACCAUCACCAAUAAUCUAGCUUCCGCAUUACGGGCAUUGCGGUAUCCAAGAUUAAAGAAACGAAGACUAUGGAUCGAUGCUUUGUGUAUUGAUCAGAGGAACCAAGAGGAGAAGAGCUUGCAGAUCUCUCACAUGUCCAUCAUAUUCAAUUCCGCAACCACGGUGCGUGUGUGGCUGGGACCCGACGACAGUGAUUCUGCACUUGCCUUUGAGUUCGUGCGCAAGUGUCUGGACAGCGAUGUGUUUGACAGAGCUAUGCGUGAUCCGCACGUAUCCAAGGACAUCAAAGCUUUAGUGUCUCUCAUGAAACGCUCUUGGUUCAGUCGACGAUGGAUUGUACAAGAGAUUGCUGUUGCCCGAGAAGCGGUUCUCCAUUGCGGUGAUCAGAAGCUGCCGUGGCAUGAGUUUGCCGAUGUCAUCUCACAACUGUCAGCCAGACUGUUCGAGAUGAAAGCUCUGUUCAAGAAAUCCCCAGAGUUCAACAACCAUGCAGAUUACCUGGGUGAAAUCUCCGAACUGGGAGCAAUCCGCUUGGUCGAAUUGACAGAUGACUUAUUCCACAAGACCGAAGACAACAAGAUUCGAGACAAGAACUUCUCGCUCGAAGCUCUGAUGUCGACAAUGUCUGCUUUCGAAGCGUCAGUUCCUCAUGAUAUAGUCUACGCGAUCUUGUGGCUGUCAAAUGAUGCAUUUGGUGUGGCGUUUCGGCGCGAUCAGAGUUCACCUCCUUCGCCUAUGCUGCCUCCUGUUGUAUCUGAUCAACCAUCGGUAGACGCUCAGCUCAAGAGAUCGCUUACAGACGGUAAUCAAAAUGGCGUUAAUAGUGAUAACAUCUCCAAGAGGAGAAGGGGUGAAGACAUCCCCUCUAUUCACAUAAGCGGAGAUGGUGCGAAAGCAGAAGGUGCAAACCAGCAGCUCCUGCAGAACGGCAACGCACAAACAACGACAAUGAUCGCGGAUGCCAUUUACUGUUCUUCGCCGCCAGCGGACACAAACUCUGCCGCGUCGCCCUUUCCUCAUCUUUCAAGCUUGCCCAAUGGCUUGCACCCCAUCAGCGCAGCAUCUGUUGUAGGGCGUUUCGGACGCAGCAGAACUCUCUCGGACGCCAGGAGUCCAGGAGAAAAGAAGGAGAUCAUAGUCGACCGACUCUCAAACGGCUUCCAACAACGCAGAAUCUUCCUCGACUAUAGCAAAUCCAUCUUCGAGGUCUGCCGCGAAGUGCUCGAAUUCGUAAUGUCUAGGCCUGAAGCCACCCUCGACAUUUUGUGUCGGCCUUGGGCACCAGAUGACCCAAACGACAGCGCAUUUCCCUCCUGGAUACCAAGGCUGAGCAAGGGAGUCGCUUUCAAACCAAAUCGAAGAGGGAAAUAUCAACGUGUAAACGCGAACCCCCUGUUAGGCAAAUUUGACUUCAGCGGUCCGCCGUACAGAGCCUCACACAACCUCACCGUCUUCAUGAAGUACCAAUUCCCUCGUGGCGACCCCCUUCGAGAAAAGAGCUUGCUCAUCAACGGUCUAAUCCUACAUACCAUUCAAUCUUCCGAGCUAAAAUCAAACGCCACCUCGGGCACAAUACCAGCCGACUGGCGCGAAGCAGCUCAAUGGCUCGAGACCCUUCCACCAGAGCAAAAUCCCCCUCCAGAUUCUUUCUGGCGCACUCUGGUCGCAAACAGAAACACGCACGGCAGAAAGCCUCCCUUGUACUGGCGACGAGCAUGUUCCGAAGCGUUUCAAGAAGCGCCCAAAGACGACGAUUUGGAGACUUCUCUCGUGCUUAGUGGUAACCCUGCGUCUUCGGUUCGAGAAUUCCUGCAUAGAGUGCAAGAGGUGGUGUGGAAUAGACGGUUGGCACGGAUCACCUUGAAGCAUACUGGAGUGGUGACGUUGUGUCUGGUGCCCAAGAACACACAACCAGGAGACGCGAUAGCGUUGUUGUAUGGCUGUAAUGUCCCUGUUGUGCUGCAUAGCCAUCAGAGGCAAGACAGGGGUGAUGCAAAGUUGUAUCGUAUGUUGGGCGAGUGCUAUGUUCAUGGCAUGAUGGAUGGUGAACUCAACAACUAUCGGAAGACCAUGCCUAAACCGAUGUUGCAGCAGACGGAAACGAUGUUUGAGCUUGUGUGA